CGCUGUGUCUGAGGCGAGGAGCGGGCCGCUGCGGGUCGUCCCCGGCGGGGUUCGGGCCGCCGGGCGCAGCUCGCGGCUUUCCGCUGCCCGUCUCCGGCCUGGGGCGGUGCGUCGUGACCGAGCCCUCGGGCAGGCGCGGUAGAAUGCUCUGUGAUCGACGUUCCUUUGGUGAUAAGACAUGAGCCUGCUGCCCUGAGCACUGCCUUACUCUGUUUUCAUACUUUUACACAACGCUAUUCCCCUUGUAGCAUCAGGUCAACGCGAUGGGACCAAGCAGGCCAUCUUUGUCUGGUGCUCCGUUUGCACCCACUACCCAGCUAUACAGGAGUGAAGCAAAGUCUUUACGAACACAGCUCCAGUUUAAUAGGAAUGUUCCAGCAGUUCCAGAGAACCUAUCUCUCAGAUUCUCUAACCCUCAUCCAAUUACAAUAGAAAAAUUGAAGCCAUCUAAUGAUCAGAGAAAUCUAGCUGGAAGUGAUGACCCCAGCGUAAGAAGCUCUGGCAUGUUUUCAGUGAUAUCUGAAGAGAGACUAAAAUUGGCCAUUCAUCUAGCCAAAAGGGACAUAAAACGAAGGCAUCUCGAAGAGCAAGUGAAACAGCAGGUGUUUGGAGAUGCUGUCAAUAAAUCAUUGUUGUCCCAGAAGUCACAAGAGCAGAAGAACAAAGUGUCUGAAAGUCUAGAAAAGAAAAAUGUGCUCAAGUCUCAAACUCAGCUGAAAUAUCAGCAGAAACUUGUCCAGUCUUCCAAAAUGGAGACAACCACCUCUGGUACAAAAGUAUAUCUCUCCACACCAAAUGAAGGAAUGCUAAUACCAGCUGUUUUGGGCUCUUCCCUCACCCAUAGCAGAAGGCCAGGCCCCAAGACAAAUGUUGAAAUAAAGAAAAAUAAAAAUAUGCUUGAAAUCCAACGGCUGCAAAAAGAAUUGAGAAGUUGUGUCCAGAAAAUUGAAGACCUAACUAAAAAAGAGAGAGAUGAAGAAAAUUUAGGUGCUGAUGAAGAGCGACGAGUUUGCACUCAAAGGCAGAAACAGGCUGCACGAUCAGCUCAGAUGCUGUAUGUACUCCAGCAACAGGUAAAAGAAAUUCAGGAUGAUUUGGGAAAAUUGAGUCCUCUUAAAAUCAAACACACUAAAAAGUCCCGAGCAGUGUCCAGAUUGGCAGCAGCACACAGAGGAGCUAUACGAGCUUUGCAGGCAUUUGCUAAUCAGUUUACUGAUCAAACAGGGCAGUGGAUUCCUACCCACUACAAGGAGCUGGGCAGUCUCAUUCGACAGCUGUCACUCUGUUCUGCCAAACUAGAACUAGAUUCUUCAACUUCUGACGUUAUAAUAGAUAUUUUGACGCAAGUUGAGGAUCUGAUUUCAUUGUUGGAAAAGAAACAGACGCCCAAAAAAGUGAAGAAAUGUCUUUCAACAUCUCAUGGCAAAUCUCCAGUGAAUGCUGAGACAUUUCCAGCCAGAAAGCAGCUAGCAUCUCCAAAAGGAGAAAAUAAGCCUCUCAUCUUAAAGGAGCGACAUGGACAAGAACCUAGAAGAUCUCCAGCUGCCAGAGAUAAACAUCAACAUGUUGCAGAAAUUUCAGCAGUUCAGAAAAUGAACAAUCACGCUCAUACAUUGCAUGAUAAAUUCCAGGAAGCAAAUGAUCUACCCGCUCUGGAAAGAAAUACCAUUUUACAGGGAAGCCUAGAUGCACUGGUGAGAUCUAGAGCUGUAAAAAAAGAUCCCAUCCUUCAACGUGGCUCUUUAAAGAAGAAAGACAAAUUAUUACCUGCAAAAUCACAGGGAAUGCCUAAAUCUCUAAAAGCAAGGCAGGUGCAUCCUCAAGGAAAGCAUGCCCGAUUUCAAGAGACAACUAUAGCUUUUCAGUUAAAAGAGAACAAACGAUUUGUUAAGGAGAGCAGCGUACCCUGGUUGCCUCCAAGCCCUACAUCUCCACCUGCUUCACCUAAACGACUAGCGUGGCGUGAGGCAGAAGCUUCAAGAAGAAUGAAAGUUCUGACUGACCUUAAUAGAGGAGAAAUGAAAAAAGUACAAAAGUUAAGGUUGCAAGGUGCUUCUCCAACUCAGUGUGCAGACAAAGUUGACGAAGCAGAAUGGGAGCACCUAGAACCUCCAGUGGAUAGGGCACAGCAGAUCAGUAUUUCCUUGGAAACAAACUGUCAUAUGAAGGAUCCUUCAAUUAUAAACCAGCUUUCAACUUCUGCAGCUGAGAAGCAGGUUGCAGCAAAUGCAGAUAUUCUGAGUGAAAAGGUAUUGGAUGAUCUUUUGGAAGAUACUGCUCAGGAACUCUGGAAUAUGGAGCAGCGUAAGAGACUUCAAGCUGAGACUCUGUUUGUGGCUGACAGUCCUAGUCUGGAGACAAUGUUGCAAAGAAUGGAAGAAAUUGAAAGAUACCAGGAAACUGUAUGCAGGAGAUUCACCCAGACUGUGUACAGUGAUUCAGAAUUCAGGGCCCAAGAGGAUAAUAUGGAUCAACAAAUGGCAUUAAUAGCUACAUCUCCUCAUUCAAUUCAGAUAACCAAAUUAACUAGACAGACAGAGCCAGAAACUGAUGUUUUAUUUGAAAAACAUUUUGAUGACAAUGGCACUGAUGAAAACAAAGAAGCACAGGAGAAACUGCUGACCGAAAAUGACAUUCUGCAGCCCUUGACUCAGAAUUCUUUGCAGAAAGAGUCCCAUGUUUCUUUCUCAGUUACAAAGCAUAUGCUCCAGAGCAUCCUGGAUUACAACAGCAAAUACAAGCGUCGCCUAAAGCUUAUUUUCCAUGAGGCAGUAGGCAGUUUCAAUCCAUGGCAGAUUGCUGAAAGUCUUGCAGAGGAACUAACAGAAGAAGCCCUAUUUGAUGUGGCAGCAGAGCUGCAGGAUGUCUGCGAGGAUUAUGCAGAAGCUGUGUUCACAUCAGAGUUUUUGCAGCCAGCACAGUAGCUGCCAAUACUGGAGAGCACUGGAACUAAAACAAUUUUGGCUGUAGGUGAAAUAUAAACAAUGCGGAGAGACCUCUAAAACAAUUUAACGUUAUAUUGCCAAGAAUUGCCAUCUCUUGGAUCUUGGACAACUUCUCUGUUUCACUAGCAUGAGCAAUCACAAUCUCUGCUGCCAGAGAAUUUCUCAGUCAUUCAAAGUAAAACAGCAUAGUGCAACCCAUUUCUAGUGGGUGGCUGACGUACAGCUCUACCACCUGCUGUUUUCUCUGAUUCAAUGUAGUGUCUGCUCCUUAGGGCUGCUUCUCGAUUUCUGUGGUGACAUCAAAAUUAUAGGAGCUGAAAUCCUGACCAUUGCCCUCUUCUCAUCAGCUACUUUGCAUGACUCUGCACACUGCUUUAUCUCUGAAUCUCCAUACUUACUGACGGAACUGCACUCAGCAUCCCUGCUUCUUGGAAUAAGAAAAGAUUAUUUUAUAACUUUGGUCACACUGUGUAGGCUCUAGUGGGCAGAGCUCACAUUUCUCUUACUUCCUUAGAAUUCUCCUAGUUUGGCCCUGAAGGCUAUUUAAAACAGAUUGAACACUGUGUCAGCAGGCACAACGGAAUGGAAUCCAGACUUGAAUUUAGUCCAGGAGUCAUUAGCCAACCAACAGACUUUCAGCUUUUUCUGCAUAGGCCCUUAAGCAUACAUCCAGAGCCACUUUCCCUGUCCAAGUUGGGCAAGUUUGGCUCAUUAUGUAGACAGCUGCUUCUCAGGAGGACGGUGUUGUCGGUAGGUAGCAUUCUCUGAGUUCACAUCCUCUAGUGGCUCUUACAUAUGGCAUUGCCUAUUAUGCUGAUCUUUUUCUGCAGAAGUUAGUAUGUAAACUAUGUUUUAUACAAGGUUUGAUUCUAAUAAACAUCUUGCAAUGCUAGAUAACCUAACAAUGAUAGGGAGUGGCCCUUCAUAGAGGCUUUGUUUUCACAGAAUUUUCUCUGCUGUAUUGCAAGGAAAAACACUUGAGUCACCAGUAAAUCUGAAUGUGUUCAGAAUUAAGUGAAAAUGUAUUUGGAUUUAUAUUAUUUUCUUAAAAAGUAGUUGGAAGUAUAUCUUUGAAGACAUUCUAGCUCAAGCCCUUGCCUAGCUUAUAUUUUUCUUUCAUUAUUGUUUGGCUAUGACUCUCACAGAGGUUCUGUGUCUCUGCUGUAAUCCAUGGAAAAGAGGCUGUGUGCCUUUAUGUACUGAAAGGAAUUAAUUGCAAUGUCUGAAGCUUUUGCAACACUUCAGAAGAAAGAAAAAAGUUCUGGAGGUUUACAUUUUCAAGGGCCAGCAGUUGUCUUCCUUCAGUGUUCAGGACAAUACAAAGUAAUUCUUCCCCUUUCCCUCGGAGGGAGGAAUUGUGGUUCUUACUGCCUUCAAAGGCUGCAGAUAACUGCCUUUUGUUUUUUCCAGACUGCACAGCAAAAUAGCUGUUCAGGGUGUGUGUGUUGCUGUUGUGAACAACAGCAAAGCUUAUGCUUUCUCACAUCUAGAACUACUGCGCAAGUCUAAUUUCUUUCAGCUUUCUUUGGGAAGGAUGGUGGGUGGGGAGACAGCACAUCUGCAGUGACUCCAAGAUGACAGAGUCUGGUACAUGAAGAAUGAAAAACCUGCUCUGCAAAAGUAUAUUAUUUGAGUACAGUGAACUGGUAUGAUUGGUAUAAAAAAAUGUUGAACAAUGCCAUCAGAUUACUAACGCUAUCUUCUUUCAAUGGUUGCGUCAGAGUUUGAAUUUAGAACGCGUUUUCAUAGAAGCAUUAAUUUGAUGAAAGGCAAGGAUUGCUUUUGCAUGUUAUUGAAGAUCUGCUUUAUCUGAGAAGCUGACAAGGAAAAGCAGUGUUAUCUGUGUAACUGGUACAGCAGUAAUACCUCUUACCCCAAGUCCCAGCCUUUGCCUACCAUCAUAUUAUGCAAAGAUAGUAGCUUGGGAUAUAUCUUGUAGUGUGCCAUCACUGCAAGGUUUAAAUUUCCUCUUUGUGAUGUAAGUUGAAAGGAAUUUUUUUUUUUUAAUUAAGAACCUCUGAGCAUGGUGAGCAGAGCUCUGGGAAUCAUAGAAUCAGCUAGGUUGGAAAAGGCCUACAAGAUCAUCCAGUCCAACCCAGCACACCUAGGUUUGAAUGCUGUCUCUAGCCAUGGUACUUUGUUUCUCUGUCUCCAAUAGCGAAUACAGGACAAAGAAAGACGGGGAAAUUUAACAUUUACAUGAUCUGAGUUUUUAUGUUCUCUAUACAGUUCAAAUUCUCAAGGCAUUUUAGAAGAAAAGUUAUUUUUCCAGUAAUAUUAGCCAAACCCUUUUAGAGCACAAAAUACAGUAGUUUUUGAAAACAGUUUUUAUAGUUUGAGUCUCACGCAGAUGUUACUAUUGAAAUUGUUGCACCUUGUGUCUUCUAAGAAAGAGACUAAUUUGACUUAGUAUUUGCGCUUACUGAGAAGAUAAUACUAUGAAAAAAAUCUUAUUGAUAAAAUGAUUUUGGAUAAAUUGUAAUGACAUUCUGUUUAAAAGGCUGCAUUGUUUUGUGUCUGUGUAAACUGCUUCACAUCUCUAAACAGAAGGCAGGUUCUGUCUCUUUCUCUCCCAAUGAAGAUUUGAGGAGCAUGAAAAAGAAAUCACCUUCACUUUAAUGUUGGUCUGGUUAUUAAAUUGAGUGCAGUUAAUGAAGGACAGAGCUAUUAAGAUAGGUAACAGCCUCAUGGGAAUCUCCCUGGUUGUGUCUUACCUGCAAACUAAAUUCUUCCAAGCCCUAGAAAAACUUUUCAUGGAAAAUUCUGUUCAGAUGAUUAUAAGAAUCUGUUUUGGUGUGCUUCUACAUGGUAGCUGACAUGGAGACUGUUAGGCUGACACCUCUGGAAAGUUACUGUGGUCCAUGUCUGUCCAGACUGAAUGCAAAUAUAGAAAGGAUGAAGACUUUUAAAAAAGCUACAGUGCAAGUGGAUCAGUGUCUGGUCUGUAGUGAAUAUAUCCCUGGACAUGCAUCACUGAUAGACUCUUGCUAGCAUGAACCUCCUGUAUGGGUAGCUUCCUUGAAACAAUGCUGAAGUGAUGCAUAAGUCUUGUGUUAGCCUUCUGCAUAGGUGACAACAUCACCUUUGGAAAUAAGUGAUGAAAUUCUGCCCUUGUAUAUGUGAACUCUGAUGAGUUCAGAGAAGUGGCACAGGCAUAACAGAAAGCAAAGCUUAGUGUGUGCUUGCUCUCUGUGAAUAGCAUAGAGAAGACAAAUGGUGUUUGUUUAUCCCUUUCAUGCUGUUGUCAUGACAGUUUUUAUGAUAAACAUUCAUUUGUCAUACACUUGAUAUCUGUAGAUAAUCAUGCAUUUUCAAAUGCUUGUUAAAAGUAA